AAAACACAAAACCAGUGUCGUCUGGGCUGGUUGUUUUCAUUGCUUUCUUCUCCCCAAACGCAAGAGGACAUCAUCGUCGUCUUCGAGUUGAGCUACGUCUUCUCUCUUAGACCAGGUUUCAGGAAAUAUGAGUGGUGAAGAAGCACCUCUCGUUUGUGUUAGUAGUGGAGUUGUUGAUCCUACAUAUGAGUUUAUCGAUGACAAAGCACCAUUGUGGAAGUUUGUAAAGAAGAUUCAGAAACAGGGGAAUGGAGGAAAUUGCAAGUGGCAGUGUAAUUUCUGCAAUUUGUUCUACAACGGCUCUUAUACUCGAGUGCGUUGUCAUCUGUUGAAAGAAGGAACAUCGGGGGUUGCAAGUUGCACCGGGGUCACUCCUGAUGUUUAUAAUGAAAUGUUAGAGUUAGUGAAAGAAUGCAAGGAGAGAUUGUUAAAGGGAGCUCCUAGACAAGUAUUGAACGCAACUCCGAAACAAGUUCAUUUUCCAUCCACAAAAAUUCAAAGGAGUUCCACCAGUAGCAGCCACGAAGUAAGUUUACCUGAUCCCGCUGACUGUACUCAAGAGUCGCUGAAGAAGUUAACCGAAGAGAAUGAAAAGCUCAUAAGGAAAAAUUAUAGAUAUUUGGAGUUGUGGGACAAAGCUUGUGAGGAAAACCAUGAAGUACUGAACAAGAACAAGUUGUUGGAGAAUGAAAAAAAGGACUUGGAGGAAGUUGUUUUGCAGCAGAGAGAAAUGAUACUUAAUCUGCAAACUGAAGUUAGCAAACUUGAAAGACAGUUGUUGGAAAAGGAAAUGUUUGAUUCUCAGCAUGAUACACUGAUAGAUAAUAUAGAAUACAAUAAUAGUGAUGGUGAGGAGGGGAAAGAAGAGAGUGGAGGAGAGGACGGUGAGGAUGCUGAGACGGGGAAGCAUAUGGCAGGAAGAAAAGCUAAACAAGGUGGGGCCUCAGAGAAAGAGAAUGUGAGAAAACAAGCAACGAGAAGCAAACGGGUAAAAAGUUCUGCUGUUGAUGGAGAUGAAGACCUUGAAGAGCAACCAGCUAAAAGGACGAGGAAAGGGAAGAAGCAAUCUGUAAAGAGUUAAUAGAGGAGAUUGGGAUCUUGAGACUUGAAUGAUUUUGCUGCCUUGGAAAAUUUUGAUGCUGAAGAGUGUUUUAACUUUUGAGACAUAAACAUGAAUCCAAGUACUGCAGUUCUGUUUAUGGCUUUGAGACGGAAAUUUAGUUAUAGAGAUGUGGAUGGUAAAAAUAAAGUAGGAAACAUGUGUAUAGAAAGUGCUUGAGUUGUUAUGAAGGGCUUGCUCUUGCCUCCAUUUUUAAUGGACACCUUUUAAGAGGGCCAAGGGGAAGAAGAGUUGAAAGAUUUGAAUUCGGGGACUAGUUCUUUGGUUCUGGGGUCUUUUGAUGAGUUGUGUAAGGCUCGAAAGUGGUUCUUCAUCCUCUGUGGCAAGGAUAGAAUUUGAUUAUGGGUGAUGUGCUGUGGUCGAUCCAUAGAUGAAGCCAACUUUGCUCCGAAUAAAGAGAAAGGCAUUUGGUCUGAGUUGGGAACCUCAUAACACUGCACUAAGGACUUCAGUAAGAAAUUUGCGCUCGAGGUAAUAUCAAAGUUUAAAGUUUAGUCUGCUUUGUAGUGUUUCUCAGAAGCAAAUAGACAAUGAUAAAUUGACUCAGUAUUAUGUUUAUCGAAUUACUUUUUGUUUUUUGGUUACAUUUUUUAUGGAAAUAUAUAUAAUAACUAUGUUAAAUGAGCUUGAGCAAC